AUGUCACCUUCCAGGCAAGCAGAAGUUGAACUUUGGGAGCGAAAGUUAUACGACUAUAAAGAACGCCAUUUCGAGCUAUCUGCUAGAGUGCAUAUUUCUCAUCUCGUCUUCGAAGCCGGGUUCAGAAGACAGAUGGACGGCCGGCAGAACAUCCGCCGAUUGAAACAAAUGAUGAAGAUUCAAGGGUGCCAACGCUUGAUGCGGGACAACCAUGUACCAGUGAUAGUUCCCAGAGCUCAUUGGCAAGAUCGCGUACGUCCGCGAUCUGGCAGUGGAGUCAUGUCUACCUUGGAGAUGGGGUCAGAUUACCGGUUGUGCGCGUACGAUCACGAAAAUCUCAUCACGGCUGCCAAGCAUGUCCUCGACUACGACAACCAGUGGUGGAUUGUAGAUGUGUAUCUAACAGAUAAUGAUGAAGCCUCGCCCGAGAACCACAGCAAUGAGGUAGAGUCUGUUCGUCACAAGUUCAUUCAAUCGCUGAAAGAGCGAUACCCAAACGACAAUCGCCCACCCGAUGGACUGAUUUACGAGCGGAUCAAUCGCUACGAGGGCUACCUCAACACGCCGAGGGAUCCACUCGCUGCGAAUAACUGGUGGGCUGUACUGGAGGCCCUCGCGGGAAGUAAGCGAAGUAAGAAAGGAAAGUAUUUGAAACAAUUCUUCAAACAUGAGACCUUACACCUGAAGCUAAACUCUUUGCUUGUCAUUCCGGGUCUUUGGGAAGGCAUGCGGAUUGGGCUACUUCAUAAGGUGACAGCAAUGCAUUGCGAUGAGCCAAUAGCUUGCUAUUGGGAACUGAUCUUCAGCACCUUUUCGAGAUUGCUUGGAGGAAGAGACGAGCUUUUACCACUUAUUGACGGAGUCACGGUGGAUCUGGUUCAAUCUCGCGCUCCUAAAGUCUCCAACAAAGAUUUGAGGGUUUUGCAAGACGAGUUAGAGGAGGGCAGGCUAUUUUCGAACUACUCGGAAGCAGCUCGACGAGAGAUAUGGGCGCGUUUGAAAGAGAUUGAUUAUCCAAUUCCAACCUUGAAAACAUUUUUCAAAGAUCGGCUCUACCUUGAGGUCGCUCAAAGUGUCAUGAAGCGGCUGUUCGUCCAGCCGCGAAACGAAAAGAUCACCAUUGACCAGGGUGUGUACGAGAAGUACGACACUCAGGUCCCCGUCUCAAUGGCGUUGAGACAGCAAUGGCUAGGAGACGACCUACUCGAAUUUUGGCGCUUCAGUUUCCAGUACGGAUUUGAAAUGACCAAUCAUCAACGCCUAAAGUGGCCCAAGGACGCUGAUCCCGUAGGGUUGUUUGGUCAGCAGAGCUCCGAAUCGUCGUUUCUCUCCAAACAAGAGAUAUGGCGCCACUUCUUUGCACUCGUGAGGGCUAGGUCAUUCCAAGCACCAGUCACAGACGACACCUCAUUUCCAACGGGGGAAUUACCUUGCCCUAGGCCGUGUGAAUACCCAGAAGACUUGACCGAAGAAAUCGAAGUUGCCAAAAGAUGUGGAAAGCCAUACUCAAAUACUGUUGAGGCAGAUCGAUUCGCUCUGUCGGCAGAGUCGUUGCUGCAAGGCCACCCCCCAGUUCGCGUGACAGCGGGCUUUCUCCGACAGUCGGUUUUCAGGGCGUUCUUUGGCUAUCUUUGGAAUAGCAAUGGCCAAACACCUGGUCAUCCUCCUCCUCCUCCUCCUGAGGAUAACGUCGAAGUUCACGAUCGCAGCGAAGAGCUGACUGGGGCAGAUGUUGGCGGGAAC